UGCUGCAGGAUUUUGGAGGGGGGUGACUCCAUCGGGAGGAAACCGCCCUCAUCCUUAAAUCAAAGAACCGGCCUCCUUCCUGACGGCACCGCCUGAGAAAGACUCGGAGAGAGAAGCGACGCGAGUCCCGAGCCCCCGCGGACCGCUCGGGGGCGCUCUGUGGGCGGGAGAGGCGCCCCCGCCCGCCCGGGAGGCCCGUUGGUUCGCGCUGGCGCCUUUUAAGGACACCGUGGGGUGAACGGAGCGCUCAGAGCUGCUCCGGCGCGGCCCUGGGAGCCGGAGGCGCCGCGACUCAGCAGGCAUGACUGGAGAGGGAAGUCCCCAUGGUGCUAGAAUGGUGCUGCAGUGGCAGAAGACAGCUCACAAGUGAGAUCUGGAAGAACAACAGGGAAGAUAUCCAUCAUUUGCUCCGAAGUGUUCAAGUCAGAUCCCGGGAAGAAUCAUGAUAACCCUGAUCACCGAGCAGCUACAGAAACAGACUCUGGAUGAGCUGAAAUGCACACGCUUCAGCAUCAGUCUGCCUUUGCCUGAUCAUGCAGACAUCUCCAACUGUGGGAACCCUUUCCAGCUUGUGCCUGAAGGUGCUUCCUGGAGGGGCUUGCCCCACUGUUCCUGUGCCGAGUUUCAAGACGGCCUCAACCUCAGCUACCACCCGUCAGGCUUGAGCCUGCACCUCAGACCACCCAGCCGGGGAAGCUCCCCACCGGAGCAGCCCCUCUCCCAAGUUCUAAGCCCUGAGCCCCCCGACCCAGAGAAGCUUCCUGUGCCCCCCACCCCUCCACCCAAGAGGCACUGCCGCUCACUCUCGGUGCCCGUGGACCUGUCUCGCUGGCAGCCAGUGUGGCGGCCUGCCCCCUCCAAGCUGUGGACUCCCAUCAAGCACCGAGGCAGUGGUGGAGGGGGUGGGCCGCAGGUGCCUCACCAGAGCCCUCCAAAGCGGGUCUCCAGCCUCAGGUUCCUCCAAGCUCCCAGUGCCUCUUCUCAAUGUGCCCCGGCCCACAGACCCAGCAGUCCCCCUUUCUUCAGCCUGGCCCUGACCCAAGAUUCCUCUCAGCCCUGUGCUGCCUCCCCCCAAAAUGGCUCCUGGGAAAGUGAUGCUGAAUCCCUAUCUCCUUGCCCACCCCAACGCCGCUUUUCCCUAUCACCCAGCCUGGGCCCACAGGCAAGCCGCUUCUUGCCCUCUGCCCGGAGCUCCCCCGCAUCCUCCCCAGAGCUGCCCUGGCGACCCCGAGGCCUCCGCAACCUUCCUCGAAGCCGCUCACAGCCUUGUGAUCUGGAUGCCCGAAAAGCUGGAGUGAAGCGGCGCCACGAGGAGGACCCCCGGCGGCUAAGGCCUUCCUUGGACUUUGACAAGAUGAAUCAGAAACCAUACUCAGGAGGUGCCUGUCUCCAAGAAACAGCCCGGGAAGGCAGCAGCAUCUCUCCACCGUGGUUCAUGGCCUGUAGCCCCCCACCCCUCUCUGCUUCCUGCAGCCCCGUUGCGGGUGCCUCCCAGGUGCUGAGUGAAAGCGAAGAGGAGGAGGAGGGGUCUGUGCGGUGGGGGCGCCAGGCGCUGAGUAAGCGGACACUGUGCCAGCAGGACUUUGGGGACCUGGACUUAAAUCUGAUUGAGGAGAACUAAAACUGAGAGGCUACUACUUCCUGGGGCCACACAGACUGACUCUCUUAUGGCUACUCACAAGUGUCGAGGCUCCAAGACUAGGGGCCCAGCCUGGGAAUGGGGAUGAGUGGAGGGCUCCCAUUCAGGCCAGCCGGAAAUCUCGCUCCAGGAAGCUCGACCAUGCCGAGACACUGGCCGGGACAAGAUAAACAGAGCUGGUGGCGGGAGGGACAGCCCAGAGCAGACCCUUCCCAUGGCGGCCCUGAGUGUGAGUAUCCCUGCCGAUGAGAAAGCAACGGGCAGGGAAGGAAGGGGUCUGCUGACCCCAGCUCGGGGAAUUUCACUAGCCCCUUUGCUUCAAAGGGCACUUGUGUCUUAGAAUUUGGCCAGGGUGGGGGGGUCAUUCAGCCUCCUCGGAGAAAUUGUGUGCGAGUGUGUGUGUGUGUGCUUGGGAGUGUACGUGAGGAAAGGUGUAAAGGUGUGUUUGCGUAGCCUUAGGGAAGGAAAGCAGUUGCUCCUUAAUAGUAGAGCAUCAUGAUGUCCCCAGGAUCUCGAGUUUCCAUGGGACAGUGGGCUUGUUCAAGAAGUCGGAAGGAGUUAUUUCCAAGUUUUUCUUUUUCCUAAGUAGCUCUGGAACCAGGCUUAUAAUCCAUAAGCACCACUGGCUCUGCAAAGGAUUCUGUUUGGGGGUACUGCAGGCUCUUUUAAGUGCUGUGACCUCAGCCAAUGAUCUUUUCCUCAGGCCCACCCCCCCGUCCCCUAGAUAGAGUUAGUAUGGGGGCUGGAGAGGGCUUUUCACAUUGAGUCUGAGCUGGCCUUUUCUCCUUAUCAGAUUGCCUAGGCUGUACACCACCUGCCUCUCUCACUCUAAGUAGAUGCAAGCACAUGUGGGUAACUGAGGCAGGGUUGAAGGGCUUCAUCUCUUUCUUUCCCUCUUUACUGAUGGGACCUUUUCCCCCUCACCCUCUGACCUUUGAUGCAUUUGGACUGCUGACCAUUUAAAAGCAGCCUGUGAUUGCUGCUUUUGUAAAGCAAGCAAGCAACCUCCCUCCACUUUAGCUGUCUGACUAUUUGGACUUUCACAUAUUGGGCUUACCCAGAGUGGAGCGCAUCUCUCCGGGGCCGUGGUUGGCGCUGGGUAGACAUCUGCAUCUGUGUUGUGUGUGUGUGGUGUGGCUGACCAGUAGGUGAGUAUCCCUGCGUGUGAGUGAAGCCACUCCCAGGCUGGUGCUCUCCUCCUGUGCCCGGUGACUGCCCAGUGGCAGCCUUAGCUGCCCUUCACUCCCACCUGCUGCCAAAGUCCCGUGCUAAUGGGAUUACAAAUACAAAAAGUGGAAAAAAAAUUUUUCGUAAAUUUUGUUUUAUAUUAAAAAAAAAAUCCAU